UUUUGUUUCAGUCGGAUCCAUUUUGCUACUGUAGUUGUGUGGUGUGUGACGCUGUGGUUUUGCUUGACUCUUCGGUAAUCGAUGUGCUAUAGCGGGAAUGAAACGUAUUUUCUGAUGGAUCAGACGACAGAAGAGGUGAAUGGGAUCCAGGUUGAAGAGAUGGAAGAGAUCGCUGAGACGCCGCAGCAAGAAAUGGUGAUGGAAAACGAAGAACAGGCGCCUGUGAAGGAGACACUGGGGUCAAACGAGGCUCCGCCUUCUCUUGUGUGUGAGACGGCGUUUGAUGAUUCUGAAGACUCAGUCAGUGACAGCUCUUCUUCCUCAUCGUCAUCUUCAUCGUCUUCGCCAGCCCACGUUCUGGAGGCUGAUGAUAAUGAUGACGAAGGCUUCAGUCAGCCUGCACCCAUCAAAACUAAAGAUGAAGUCCUGCUCGAGGAGCUUCCGUCUGUGGAGGAAGUAAAUGUGAUUCUGCCAGAUGAAGCAGAGCUGAGGCCAGCAGGAACUGUGUCCAGCGUUGUCCAACAGCUUGUGGUGGUCCAGUCUCACAAGGAAGCCCCUGCUUUGACUGAAGACAGCAUUAUCUUUCGUUCGGAUCGGCUUGCAUUGGGGAAGGUGUUCGAGGUGUUUGGUCCAGUGUCCAGUCCACUGUACAUCAUGCGCUUUAACACGGCAGAGCAGAUCACCAAUAAAGGUCUCAUCGAGGGUCUGGUGGUUUACUACGCACCAGACAUUAAAGAGUACACUGGGUACAUCCUCACACAGCAGCUUCAACUUUUGAAAGGGUCAGAUGCAUCCUGGAAAAAUGAUCAAGAACCACCAGAAGAGGCUUUGGACUAUAGUGAUGAUGAGAAGGAGCAGGAAGCCAGGAGGAAAGUCAAAAACUCCAAAAAGAAAACCAAAGAUGAUAAUCCUGCCAAGAAACAGCAGCACCCCUUUUACCAAGGUGCAGAGGGAUACUCCAGACCUGCCGGCCCUCAGUUCAGACCUCAGCAUUCAUCAAACUCCCCCUCACUGUACAGACACUCAGUCCCACAACCUAGACACACCCCUCAUGCUCCCAUGUAUCUCCCCCCUCCCUAUAUGUAUCAUCUGCCACCUCCUCCUACCCCCAACUUCCAUGUUUAUCCUCCUCCACCUCAGUCUUUCUUUAACCCUUCCUUCCAUCAUCCCUUCUGGCCUUCCAACUCAGGAUCUCCCAUCUCCGGCACCCACCUCCCGCCACCCCCGCCACCCCCAGCUGAGUGACGCCUGUCCGAUACAUAAUGAAAUUCCACCCACGUCAUCACAAAGCGGACUAAACUGCGCAUCCCUACAGUCUGAUGGCUGUAAACCCCUCUCCGACAUAUGAGUUUGAAGCCAUGAUUUGCAUACAGUGUAUUUGAAAAGGUCACUUUAGAUGUCAUGAUGGUGUUCAGCUAUCACAAGAGGAGCCACAUACACCUGUAGUGCUGACUUGUUUUCCCUUUUUGUAAAUGACAAUGUUCAAUAUAUCUUGAAUGCUCUAUUGUUUUUGUUAGCCAUGAUGAAUUCAUUUCUUUAUUAUUAAUAACUAAUUGAAAUAAUGAUGAUGCAAAGUUAAAACUACUUUUCUGACUGACUACUGAAUGGAUUUCAUUGGAUGAAAUAUUUGGGUUGAAAACACCAUCCAUUAUGGUGACUUUUUCUGGGUUGCGAACUGAUGUUUCAUCCAGUAUGAGCUGCACUACCCUCUAUGAGCUUUAGUGAUGGGUAAACCAACCAUUCAUCUACACCUUUGUCUGUGCCAUAUUGGCGCCAUCUGCUGGAAUGAGUAUAACUAUAUUGGAUUUAAAUUGACAUUAGAUCAACAUUAGAUGUCCUUUAUUUUGUCCCACAGUGGGGAAUUCUCAACCUGCUGCCAGGUUGUAUAAUAGCAACCAAACAAGCGCACACAGAGUUGUCAGCUGAAACAUAGAUUACUCUCCUGAUUGGUGAAAAGGUGUCCUCUGAAUUUCUUGGAACAAAAAUCUGCGCUCUCUGCAGCCCUUUUGUUUGAGAUCCCUGACUUCAGUUAACUGUUGCAAAAUGAUGAGAAUUAUUCUUCAACAGCUUCACAAACAUGACUUUAUUGGUGUCAAAAAGACAGACCUGCUGACAAACAAGUAUCAAAACAAUGCUUAAUUUAGAUAAAUUACAGAAAAUAAAUAUUUGUUGUCAUAAAUAAAGGGUG